AUGCGAGUUGAAAGGCUCCAGAUGGGCCCCGGGGCUCAAGAGCCACAACUUACUCUCAGGAGCGGGGAACCAAUAUGGAACCCCCUCCACAAACCUGACCUCGAAGCCCGGGCGGUCUGGGACCACCUGCUGGGGCAAGACGGGCGAGGUGGCGGUGGAUCCCCCGCUGGUGGGCCGCUGGACAGCUCCCUGACGCUCCUCAAGGCCAGGGCUGCCCAGAAGGUCAGCGAGGGUGGGCUGUCCAGCGGGUCCACGUUGUUCGAUGGUGGCCGCUACAACGGCGUCAAAUGGGUUCGGGGCGGCGGCAAUCGCGGCGAGCUAUUUGAAGCAUACGGCCUGGGACCCUGCGGUGGCGAUCUCGCCGGAACCCUGGACUGGGGCCGUCACCGGCUCCUGGGCGGGCUCAUUCGCCGAUUGCUGGGCGGCUUGCUCAGCGGCCAUCUCGGCCCUAACCCGGGCCUGUCGCGCUCGCUGGACUUGACGUUAGCUAACUCCAGAGAAAUAUGCGUUUGGUGCCCUCAGGCUCCUCCUGGGGUCUUGAUUCACUUACGCGGCGAUCCGCCCGGAGCUGUUGCUGUCCUGGCCCAUAGUGGCGCCGGCGGGCGCCUUGGCCAGAGGCAUUUGGAACUGAGCUUUGUUUAG